AUGACUGGAAACACCAGGAGGACAAAAAGGCUGGAAACACCAGGAGGACCACAGGACAGGAAAAACCGGGAGGACCAAAAGACUGGAAACAACAGGAGGACUACAAGAUUGGAAGUACCAGGAGGACCACAAGAUUGGAAACACCAGGAGGACCACAAGACUGGAAACACCAGGAGGACCACAAGACAGGAAACACCAGAAGGACCACAAGACAGGAAAUACCAGGAGGACCACAAGACUGGAAACACCAGGAGGACCACAAGACAGAAAACACCAGGAGGACCACAAGACAGAAAACACCAGGAGGACCACAAGACAGAAAACACCAGGAGGACCACAAGACUGGACACACCAGGAGGACCACAAGACAGGAAACACCAAGAGAGCUACAUGACAGGAAACACCAGGAGGACCACAAGACUGGAAACGCCAGGAGGACCACAAGACAGAAAACACCACGAGGACCACAAGACUGGAAACACCAGGAGGACUACAAGAUUGGAAGUACCAGGAGGACCACAAGAUUGGAAACACCAGGAGGACCACAGGACAGGAAAAACCGGGAGGACCAAAAGACUGGAAACAACAGGAGGACUACAAGAUUGGAAGUACCAGGAGGACCACAAGAUUGGAAACACCAGGAGGACCACAAGACUGGAAACACCAGGAGGACCACAAGACAGGAAACACCAGAAGGACCACAAGACAGGAAAUACCAGGAGGACCACAAGACUGGAAACACCAGGAGGACCACAAGACAGAAAACACCAGGAGGACCACAAGACAGAAAACACCAGGAGGACCACAAAACUGGACACACCAGGAGGACCACAAGACAGGAAACACCAAGAGAGCUACAUGACAGGAAACACCAGGAGGACCACAAGACUGGAAACGCCAGGAGGACCACAAGACAGAAAACACCACGAGGACCACAAGACUGGAAACACCAGGAGGACCACAAGACAGGAAACACCAGGAGGACAACAAGACAGGAAACACCAGGAGGACCACAAGACAGAAAACACCAGAAGGACCACAAGACAGAAAAAAACAGGAGGACCACAAGACAGAAAACACCAGGAGGACCACAAGACUGGAAACACCAGGAGGACCACAAGACUGAAAACACCAGAAGGACCACAAGACUGGAAACACCAGGAGCACCACAAGACUGGAAACACCAGGAGGACGAGAAGACUGGAAACACCAGGAGGACCACAAGACAGGAAACACCAGAAGGACCCCAAGACAGGAAACACCGGGAGGACCACAAGGCAGGAAACACCAGGAGGACCACAAGACUGGAAACAUCAGGAAGACCACAAGAUUGGAAACACCCAGAGGACCACAAUACAGGAAACACCAGGAGGACUACAAGACAGGAAACAACAGGAGGAAUACAAGGCGGGAAACACCAGGAGGACUACAAGACUGGAAACACCAGGAACACCACAAGACAGAAAACACCAGGAGGACCACAAGACAGGAAACACCAGGAGGACCGCAAGACAGGAAACACCAGGAGGACCGCAAGACAGAAAACACCAGGAGGACCACAAGACAGAAAACACCAGGAGGACCACAAGACAGGAAACACCAGGAGGACCACAAGACAGGAAACACCAGGAGGACCACAAGACAGGAAACACCAGGAGGACCACAAGACAGGAAACACCAGGAGGACCACAAGACAGGAAACACCAGGAGGACCGCAAGACAGAAAACACCAGGAGGACCACAAGACUGGAAACACUAGGAGGACCACAAGACAGGAAACACCAAGAGGGCUACAAGACAGGAAACACCAGGAGGACUACAAGACUGGAAACACCAGGAGGACCACAAGACUGGAAACACCAGGAGAACCACAAGACUGGAAACACUCGGAGGACCAAAAGACUGGAAACACCAGGAGGACCACAAGACAGAAAACACCAGGAGGACCAAAAGACAGAAAACACCAGGAGGACUACAAGACGGAAAACACCAGAAGGACCACAAGACUGGAAACACCAGGAGGACCACAAGACUGGAAACCCAGGAGGACCACAAGACAGGAAACACCAGGAAGACUACAAGACGGAAAACACCAGAAGGACCACAAGACUGGAAACACCAGGAGAACCACAAGACUGGAGCCAUUUUAAUGAAGCACAAAGCUGGAAUCACCAGAAGAUUGGAAUUCAAAGAAUGACAUGUCUAACUUAG